AUGGCAGGCGGGCGCGGGUCAGGGGCCAGAGCGGAGCUGGCCGGGCGGACACCGGGGGAGGGGGGGAGGCAGAGGGGGGGGUGUCAUGUUACCGGGAUCAGACAGUGUCCCGCUCGCGUACUCAGGCGGCCUCAGCCUGACCCUGGACCCACGGCCCGAGGAAACCAGAGGAGGUGGAAAGAGGAUGCGAUUAGAGCCGGGAGGACGGACCAGGACGAGCCCGAUGUCUGCGUCUCAUUUGCGGCGGCGAGCGCGGUAAUCGCCGGCAGAGAUUAA